AUGGUCUCGCCGUUACUUAUUUCCUUCCUUGGUGCUAUACAGGCCUCGUUGUCGGUAUUAUUGACAAUUGGUUGUGGUGUUAUUGCUGCUCAGUUUGGUCUAGUCACGACGGAUGCUGCUGAAGAAGUAUCACACCUCUGUGUUAAUGUGUUGCUACCUUGCUUGUUGAUCACGAAACUGGGAUCCGAGUUACAUCUCGACACAAUAGUGAACUAUGUUCUUAUUAUUAUCUGGGCUGUUAUUUUUACUAUCUCAUCUAUUGCCAUUGGAAAAGCAGCAGUAGCCUUUUUUCGCCUGCCAAAAUGGGCAUUGCCUGCUAUUGCCUUUAAUAAUACCGAAUCUCUCCCUUUACUGCAGGACAAUUCAACAGACCCUGAAGGUCAACGAGUUCAAGAAAACGGGCAGGAUUGCCAUUCACCCGUCGACUCUGAGAAUGGCGAUGAUUCAGAUGACCCUAAUGAGCGUACAUCCCUCCUCCCCAGGAAAGUCGUGUCCUGGGAGCGUAGGGUGAAAAACAAGCUUACCUCGCGAUUUCGAAGCCAUUUUCAAGCCAGUCCGAAACCCGUUCAGAAGAUACUUGCGGCUAUUGGGACGUUUGCUAACCCACCGUUCAUCGGCGCGACCAUUGGUAUAAUAAUAGGGCUCACGCCGCCUUUACACCGAAUUUUCUUCAACGACAUGGAUGAAGGCGGAUAUUUUAAUGCGUGGCUCACUUCCAGUCUGAAGAACGUCGGGGAACUAUUCGUGUCUCUCCAAGUUAUUGUCGUCGGCGUAAAAUUGAGCUUAAGCUUGCGGCGAAUGAAAGAAGGCGAAGAAGCAGGUACACUGUCUCUAGGUACCGUUCUUUCUGUGACCUUCGUCAGAUUCAUACUCUGGCCAGCCAUCAGCAUUCCCCUCAUCUGGGCUUUAGCAGCUUACACUGAUAUACUUCCUAACGAUCCUAUGUUAUGGUGGGCUUUAAUGAUGAUGCCCAUCGGUCCUACUGCGAUGAAAGUUCUCGCGUUAGCUGAUAUCAGUGGAGCGGACCAGAAAAUACGAAUGUCGAUAGCUAAGUUCCUUACGCUUUCCUACAUUAUUACCCCUAUAAUAUCGUUUGCAGUUGUAGGAGCUUUAGAAGCCGCGAAAGCUGCAAAGGAAUAAUAUUUGCCUAUAGAUAGGACACGCAAAUUACUAGAAUAUAAUAUAAUAUACCUAGUUGUAUAUAUAAACUGCGUUUAGAAAAAGAAUAUUGUCCAAAGUUC